AUGGGUCAUGCUGGCUGUCAGAAGUGUAUCCGACAGGGAGACCCUAUCUCGCCGCUUCUCUUUGUACUCAUCAUGGAGUAUCUCCACAGAUAUCUGGGCACACUAAACAGCAACUCUGAGUUUCACUAUCAUCCGAAAUGCAAAAAGCUGAAGAUCACGCACAUUUGCUUUGCUGACGACCUUUUACUUUUCUCAAGAGGUGAUGUUGAAUCCGUGAAAGGAUUGAUGCAGAAGUUCAAUGAAUUCUCCGCGGCCACGGGACUCAAAGCUAACCCGUCUAAGUGUAGAAUUUAUUUUGGUGGAACAUCGGUAAUUGACCAGGCAAAUAUUAAGGAGGUGACUUCUUACGGUUUGGGGCAGCUACCAUUUAAAUAUCUGGGUGUACCUCUCUCUAGCAGGAAACUCACGAUACAUCAGUGCCAGCCUCUCAUUGAUAGAAUGCUCGCGAAAAUACAACACUGGUCCACAAAGUUCUUGAGUUACGCAGGUAGAACUCAGCUGGUUCAAAGUACGUUGCUAGCUAUUACGAAUUAUUGGACUCAAGUUUUUCCUUUGCCUAAGAAAAUAAUUCAUAGAGUUGAAGCUUUGUGUAAAAAUUUCUUAUGGUCGGGGAAAGCAACUGGGAAGAGAGCGCUUGUAGCCUGGGAUAAAGUCUGUGAUCCUCAUAAUGCUGGAGGAUUAAACAUUACGGCGUUGGAUUGCUGGAACAAAGCCACGUUCGCAAAGUUACUUUGGAACCUUCAUAAGAAGGAGGACAAACUCUGGAUUCGAUGGCUUGAUGCAUAUUAUAUGAAGGGUGUCGACAUAAUGCAAUGGCAAAUGAAACAAGACUGUUCAUGGAUUUUCAAAAGUAUUAUGAAGAAAAGAGACAUGAUUCGAUGCAGCCCCUAUUGGAUGAAAAGUCUAAAUGACAAUAGUUUUAGCACACGGAAAAUGUACACUGAGCUGAGAGGUGAUAGGGCUGACAUGAAUUGGAGGAAAUUGUUUUAUCAAAAUUAUGCUCGCCCCCGUGCUCGGUUUAUUCUUUGGCUUACUGUUCUGGGCAGAAUCCCUACGAAGGAUAGACUAGGGCGUAUUGGUAUUCACACUGAUGGAAAAUGCAGUGCGUGUGACCAACCCGAGACGGUCCUUCACCUGUUUUUUGACUGCAGCUUCACACAACAGAUUUGGACCAAGGUACUCACAUGGCUCGGGUACCAAAUACAGAGGCGGGACUGGAGUAGAGAGUGGCAAUGGAUUAUGGAAGAAACUGCAAAGAAGGGCUGGAAGAGAUGUCUACUAAAAAUGGUUGUUGCUGAAACCAUUUAUCAUGUAUGGCAAUAUAGAAAUGAAAGAGUUUUUGGGAACACUAAUCAAACCAUGAAUAUAGAUGAGAGAAUAAAAAUCAUGGUAAUGAUUCGUGGGCAACAUAAAAGGAAACUAGCUGAGCAUUUGGAUGUGGAACACAUGCUGAUUAAGUAA